AUGGCAGAAAGUCUCUCGGCAGAGUGCACACCCCUCAAACAUGCCUACGACACUUGCUUCAAUGCAUGGUUUGAAGGUUACCUAGAGCCAGCUACCUCUAGUAAUAACAAGCAGCCCAGCGACCCGUCUAGUCGAGCAAAGAAGAUGGCGGCGGAGUAUGAGGAGAAGUGUGGGAAGUUGUGGGAAGGCUAUCGCGAGUGUGUUCAACGCGCAGUAAAGGAGAAGGGACUUACGGAGCUUCUCGAACAAGCACGGGAGGAGCAUCCACUGAAACAUCCUCCGGCUCCGGAAACCACAGAGAAGUAA